AGCCGCCCGCCCCGCCACAAUCACGGCAAUCAGUGCCGCGCCCGGCCCGGCCCCGCCGCCACCAUGGCCGGGGCCAUCAUCGAGAACAUGAGCACCCGCAAGCUGUGCAUCGUCGGCGGGAUCCUGCUGGUGUUCCAAGUGAUCGCCUUUCUGGUGGGAGGUCUGAUCGCUCCCAGCCCCACUACAGCUGUUCCUUACAUGUCGGUUAAGUGCAUUGAUGUAAGAAAAAACCACCACAAGACCAAGUGGCUGAUGCCCUGGGGACCCAACCACUGUGAGAAGCUCAAGGACUUUGACGAGGCCAUCAGCAGGCAGAUCGAGGCCAAUGACAUUGUCUUUGCUGUGCACAUCCCUCUCCCCAGCAAGGAGAUGAGCCCCUGGUUCCAGUUCAUGCUCUUCAUCAUGCAGCUGGACAUUGCCUUCAAGAUGGACAAUGACCUGAAAGAAAAUGCAGAAAUUACCCUGGAUGUGUCCUUAGCGUAUCGUGAUGACAUGUUUAACGAUUGGCAAGAAAUAGCACAUGCAAUAGAGAUCAGGAAGCUGAAAUGCACCUUUGGCUCCCCAAAAACCCUGGAGUCUGAGGGCCGUCACUACGACUGCGACUUCCUUCCCUUCAUGGAGAUCGGCAGCGUGGCUCACAAGUACUACCUCAUCAACAUCCGCCUGCCCGUGAACGAGAGGAAGGGCAUUAAUGUGGGCAUCGGGGAGAUCAAGGACAUCCGCCUGGUGGGUAUCCACCAAAACGGAGGCUUCACAAAAGUGUGGUUUGCCAUGAAGACCUUCCUCACCCCCAGCAUUCUGAUCAUCAUGGUCUGGUACUGGAGGCGGAUCACGCUGAUGACACGCGCUCCUGUCCUGCUGGAGAAGGUCAUCUUUGCUCUGGGAAUUUCCAUGACAUUCAUUAACAUCCCGGUGGAGUGGUUUUCCAUUGGAUUUGACUGGACAUGGAUGUUGCUCUUUGGGGACAUUCGACAAGGCAUUUUCUAUGCCAUGCUGCUGUCCUUUUGGAUCAUCUUCUGCGGAGAGCACAUGAUGGACCAGAAUGAGCGGAACCGCCUCUCGGGGUACUGGAAGCAGGUUGGACCCAUAGCUGUUGGCUCCUUCUGCCUCUUCAUCUUCGACAUGUGUGAGAGGGGAGUGCAGCUGAAAAACCCCUUCUACAGCAUCUGGACCACUGAGGUUGGCACAGAGCUGGCUAUGGCCUUUAUUAUAGUCGCAGGAAUCUGCUUGUGCCUCUAUUUUCUCUUCCUGUGUUUUAUGGUCUUCCAAGUGUUCAGAAACAUCAGUGGGAAGCAGUCCAGCCUGCCAGCAAUGAGCAAGGCCCGCCGCCUGCAUUACGAGGGGCUGAUCUUUAGGUUCAAGUUCCUGAUGCUCAUCACUCUGGCUUGUGCAGCUAUGACAGUCAUUUUCUUCAUUGUGAGCCAGGUGACAGAAGGCCACUGGAAGUGGGGGGACAUCACGAUACAGGUGAACAGUGCCUUCUUCACCGGCAUCUACGGGAUGUGGAACCUCUACGUCUUCGCACUCAUGUUCCUGUAUGCGCCGUCACACAAGAACUACGGGGAGGAUCAGUCGAAUGGUGACCUGGGGGUGAGCAGCGGGGAGGAGCUCCAGCUCACCACCACCAUCACCCACGUGGAUGGCCCCACAGAGGUUUACAAGCUGGCUCGCAAGGAGGCUCAGGAGUGACACCGGGAUGUCGGGUGCGGUGGCGGGCACAGGACGACGCAAUGCCCUCCUGCAGGAGCCGUGUCUGACGUCCCUUGCCUUUUGAGCACCACAGCUUGUGUGUCUCCACAGAGCAGCGACACCGAGCAGAACGUUUGUAAACUUUCAUAUGGUGUAGUUAUUCCUGGGGGGAGGGCUGUGUAUAUUGUGUUACUCUCGAGCACAUAAGUACCUGCUAGGAAAGCAUUAAUGUCGCAAAGUCGCACAUUCAGAUGUGAGGAGGUGGCAGACCUGACCCUGAGCAGUUUUUGUUGUUAAGCACGAAGCUGGUGCUGAUGGCGACUUGGUGAGCACUUCUGCUCUUCUCCUUGUGUGUGACUUCAGACAGGGGCUCAGGCUGGACUGGAGUUAAUGCCUCAUUUUUCACAGAAUCAUUAAAGUUGGAAUAACUCCAAGGCCAUCACAUCCAACCCCAGCCCACCCCACCCCACAGUGCCCAGUAUAACAGUAAAAAAAGAAAAAGAGGCUGCUUUUCUCAGCCAUCUACAGUCAUACUGAACCAUGUUUGAGGUCUGUGUUUCCCCCUGCAGCUCCACAGCAAUCCUCUGCCACUUGGAUGAGGCACAGCUGGGGCGGAGGGCAGGCUGUGAUGUUUUAAGUCCUAGAAGAACCUCCGUGCUCCAUCACGGGCUUCACGGCUGUUUGUUACAUACAGGGGAAUGUGAAAGCCAGACAACAGGAGCAGUGUGUGCUCCUGCCCCUUCCUCACUGAUGGGAGCUGUGGGUGGUGGUGGAUGCCCCCAGUCCAGGUGAAGGCUCUCAUGUGCUGCUGUGUCUGAAUGACUGAAAUGGCUGUAGCUCAGAAGUGCUGAAUGCUUCUUGCAGAAGUCCCUUCGGGUGGGUUUGGAUACUUGAACUGGAACGCUGACCGUUACUGCUAAGUUUGUAUGUUUGUAAGGUGGGUGCUGGUGCUCCUGUGCUCCCAGUGCAAGUGCUGGGGCCUUCAGCAUGUGGCAGAGAGAAGCUCAUGAGCCACGUGCUGAAGGAAACAAGUGGUAGGCAGAGCAAGCAGGGUGUAUGGCAGCAGAUCUGCCACGCAACGUGAGUUACGUGCACGCACAGCCCCAGCCCCUCCAUCCCCCUCAGCUGAGCGCUCGACUUUGCAACUUUAAUGUUCUUCUUACGCUGGGUUCUUACGUGAUAUUUAUGUUGUCCCCAUAGAUGUGUCCAUGGUUUCUUUUACGGCGUAGUGUAGCGUUGCAUUUUUGUAAAGGCUUUUUACAAAUGGGGCAUUGCAGCUUUAAAACCAAAUCUUGUGUCCAACACUAACAACUUGUUUACGGGGUGUGUGUACGUGUGAGCUGUGUGCGUGUCUCUGGUUUUCUUUCUUACUCCCUAAGCUCUACUCAUACGGCUCACAAAUAGUCCCUGGAUCUUACUAAAGUGUAUCCUUUGUUUGUUUAGGUUGAGUUCACUUUUUACAGAAUGCUUUUAAGCAACCUGGAAAACGUGUAGAUUUGUUAAUUUAAAUAAAAUACACGGUCUUGUGGUU